AUGACGACAACGCGUACCCCCAUAAAGGACCUCAUUGAGGUAACCGCAACUACUCCACCUCUGAGUAUAAAUAACGCCCGGACCUCAAAUGUGAGGAGAAGCAUCGAGAAACUCGAGUUGGGUAGUGCAGAACCUAGCUCUGUUGAGAAUGGAAAAAGCGCGAGUAGUACCAUGACAACAGCAAAGACCACCUCAGCGCUUACAAGCAGGCCAAAAAGUGCCCUGCUAAGCGAGGGAAAAAACUUGAUACCGCAAUCUGACACAAAGACGACAAGAAGCAGACUCGACGAGGCUAGAACUUGGAAUAACAAGGCCAAAUCAGCACUUGCCAUAUCUAGAAAUAUUAAAACUGAAAUCAAACAAGACGUGACGCAAGCCAUUGAAAAACUUUUCCAGAUUGUCAAGGAGUCCGAAGCCGAACUGGCCAGUGAAAAGAUAAAAAAUGGAAAGGAGAAAGUCGAAAAACCAUCAGUGACAGGCGCAAGAAACAGACCCAAUGAAGAGAUAGACGAUAGGAAACGAAGAGGAACUAACCCAAGAGAGGACCAAAUUACUGAAUGCUUAGAAGAACAUGUAAAGCUACUUCGAGAGCACACUAAGAGAAUGGACGAGCUACAGGUGACAGUAGAGAAGCAAACUGAACUGCUUCAAAAAGCGACAUCUACGGCGGCAACCUACGCAAGUGUGGUGGCCACCUCCAGACGUUCGUCGAAUACCACAAAUGCUUGCAGCACCUCCAUCUCGAACAAAACAAUGCACUCCUUGGCAGUGACCUCUAAAGACACAGACAAAACCGGAGAAGAAGUCCUGGAAAUAGUACGGAAGACAAUAAAUGCGAAAGAAGAGGGAGGAAAAAUAGACAGAGUAAGGAAAGCUAAAGACUCUAAGAUAAUAAUUAGCUGUCAAACGAAAGAAGAGAGGGAAGAAAUUAAGCAAAGACUAAACAGAGCAAGAGAACAACUAGAGGUAGAAGAAAUGAAAAACAAAAAUCCUCUCGUUAUAAUGCGAGAUGUAAUGAAUUAUAACUCUGAUGAUGAUGUCCUAAAAGCCCUAAAGAGUCAAAAUAAGAAACUUCUUCAAGGAAUUAAGGAUGAAGAAAUAACAUUGGAACCAAGAUACAGAAGGAAGACCCACAACCCAUUGAAGAGCCAUCGGGUGUACAGAGUGCCAACAGCACUUUGGCAAAAGCUCAUCUCAGCGGAGACCAUACACAUCGACAUCCAACAAAUAAAAGUAGCUGACCAGUCCCCCCUAGUGCAAUGUUCGCGUUGCCUAGGUUAUGGACAUGCUCGUAGAUUCUGUAAGGAGGAAAUCGAUGUGUGUAGCCACUGCGGAGGCCCGCACAUGAAGGCGGAAUGCGCAGAUUGGCAGGCAAGAACCAUCCCAAACUGCAGUAAUUGCCAGCGCGUAAAAAACGAAAACACCCGGCACAACGCCUUUGAUGAAAAUUGCCCAGUGCGGCGUAAAUGGGAUGACAUAGCUCGGUCAACAAUCGCGUACUGCUAA